UCUAUCCUUCGUGUACCUUUGAGCCUAUGUCUGUUUCUUCUCGUUGUCUUCUGCUUCCGUGAUCGUUUGAGUUAUACCAAAUUGUUCUUUUUCAACUUGCUAUAUCAUAUAUGUCAAGGAUUGAGGUCAUUUUGCACCCGGCCAAAAUUUGUCCCGGUCUCAGGCACUUUUGCAAUAUCGAAAGACUUCUGGGUUGUCACAUUUUGAAGCAAUCAGGAACGUUUCUAUGCGAAGACCACCCACUGCGUGUCCAAUUUCCAAAUCAGAUUCCCAGUUUUCUUAAGAGAUACAUCUGCCGGACCACCACGCCACGGCCUUCCAGCGGUGAGGGCUUGGGAUAUAAAUCCAUUUGCUAAAUUCCACCCAACAUCGAUUAAUCUUUUCCAAACCAAGUACUAUAUACUUUUCUCACUGAAUGGAUUCAAUGGAUUGGCCAAGCUGUUUGGUAAGACAAUACCAGAAUCAAAGGCAGCAUAACUGGAUUAUGCUGUACUACAUUCCUGAUUGGUAGGGCCAGCAGGCACAAGGAUUCAACCAACAUGUAUCCAACAGAAUGCCUCAACCUGGCCAGUCUUCAACCUCAUCUUUCACGUCUCCCAGAAUACACAGCCUUUGGAAGAGACUUCGUAUGGAUUUCCGGCAGCCUGGCAUUGUCUAACAUUCUCCAACCGACUUCCCGCAUACGACUGCAGUUCCUCUGCGGACUCAACAGAAGAACGAGACGUGGUUUGCAAGUCGAGAAUGGUCUCCAGAACCAUUUUCAGGUCUUUGGGCAUUACUUCAAAUGCCAUUUGUUGUUCUGAAGCAGAGGAGCUCGGCUGUUGGGCGGUCGUACCAAAAUCCUCGCUCCGUCCCAUCCGAGUCCACACAUGAAAAUUCCGGAUUUUGUGAUACACAUGUGGACGUCUCCAAGUACCGGUACGUGAGCAAGGAGGAUCCGCUUGGAACAGGACACAGGCACAUCAACACCAAAAGAUGUGCCACCACGCUGCAGACGGAUUGGUUUGGUCUGUUUGGGACAAGCUGAAGCAUACACACUUCGCCAAUGGCAUCCCCACAUUUCAUUGACCCCUCGUCUCAGCUACCCGGUAACUAACCUUAGCUGCUCUGCUGGUGACGCUGGUCACCACAUUUCACCAAGUUUACUCGUAUGGUGCGAAGACCACAAUUUCCAUGGCGCAAACGUACGGUAUUGCACGGGAUAUCUUAAUGCAUAUGUAAGCUAUCUUGGCUGUCUCCUGUACUCUUCACCAUUCGUUCUUCCAAUCCUUCUUUCUCUUUCCUCCUGUAUCUCACAACGCUUGCCACAAUGACCUCGAUGAUUGCGAUUACUACCAUUGGCAUCGCAUUGUGGUUGGUAUACACGAACGCCACUGGGUUGAGAAAACACAUUGCACAGGCAAAACGAUCUGGUCUACCAUAUGCCGUUGCCCGUAGGUUUCCAAUUCUUCCUCAAUGCGACCCAAUUCCCACUGACUAGUCUGUAGCUAUCACGCCGUACAAUGUCUUUUGGAUGGUCACAUCUGAGUUUUGGAUCCCAUUGUUCAAAUUACUUCCCACAGCAUGGACCGAAGGCUGGUUGACGUAUGCCAACUCCACCUUCCUAUUUCGCUCAUAGAAAGCAGAUGCUAACAUCUAAUCAGACUGCACCAUAUGAACUGGGUGUGGACCAUGCUCUACGAACCCGUCAAAAAGGAAGGUGAGAUAAAGUUGAUUGUUGCGCCGGGGGGAACAUACAUAUGGAUUACGAAUGCGGAAGCUAUCCACCAGAUUACCACCCGCCGCGAGGCAUUUCCGAAGCCACUCGAAUCUUAUAAAAUAAUGGAGAUAUUUGGAAGGAAUAUAAUAUCAUUGGAGGGACCGGAUUGGAAAAGACACAGAAAGAUAACGUCGCCGGGCUUCAACGAGAAGAACAAUGUAUUGGUCUUCUCCGAGUCUUGCGCGCAAGCUCAGGGAAUGCUGAGGAAAUGGCUAGGUCCGGAUGGGAGGGGCAAUAAAACCAUUACUGAGGUUCCAGCGGAUACCAUGAGGUUGACGUUGCAUAUUAUUUCUAGAAUUGGUUUCGGUGUGCAAUUACUAUGGGAUGGAGAGCCACCCAAGGAGAAAACAAGUGCGCAGGAUGCAGUGUACAGCAGUAAUACCCCAUCAGGAAAUCACACAAUGAGUUUCUCGGACUCGCUAAGUGUACUACUUGAGCGUAUGUUGAUGGUGUUAUUGAUGCCAAAAUGGAUUUUGAGUAAGUAGUAGUCACCUUGCCUCUGGAAAAACUUUAAUUAAUUAUGAUCAACAGAACGUCUCCCAUUUCACGCCGCCAGAGAAGCAUAUGAAUCAUAUGUCAAUUGGGUCCAAUACAUGGACGAACUUUUUGCCCAAAAGGUCGCACAAGCACGUGCAGGAGAAAAACGCAGCGAAGGAAUGGACAUUAUGGGCUCGCUCGUCAAAAGCUCCUACGGUCAAGACAACGACUCGUCGCCUAAUAAUAAAUCUGGGAAAAUUAAACUCUCAGAUUCCGACAUCCUUGGAAAUGCCUUUGUCAUGAUCGUCGCGGGCCAUGAAACGACCGCUAACUCUAUCCAUUUCUCCCUCAUCGAACUAGCCAUCAAUCCAAGACCGCAGCGUCUGGUGCAGGAAGAAAUCGAUGGUAUAUUCGGGGAUUCGGACCCCUCUACUUGGGACUAUGAAUCUAGUAUCAAUCUACUACUUGGUGGGAUGACGGGGGCUGUUUUGAAUGAGGAGUUGAGAAGGAUGCCGCCUGUCAUCUCGAUUCCUAAGUCUGUGACGGAUAAUUCGGAUCAAGAUAUUGUUGUUGAAGGGAAGAAAUACACACUGCCCGCGGGCGCGAGGCUGAUGCUUAAUACGAUUGGUGUCCAACGAUCGCCGAGGUAUUGGCCUACCCAGCCCAGCAAGGAAACAGGCCGUGAAGAUGAUCUGGAUGAUUUUAAACCUGAGAGAUGGUUCAUCGACAGUGAUUCCCGUUCCUCUUCCUUAUCUUCGGACUCUUCCAAACCACAAGUUGAUACUCCGUCAUCCUCGGAUGCAGACGCGGAAGCAGAUGAAUUCGGUGGCUACACCGGUUCCUCCUCGCACUCCAAACUCUUCCACCCUGUUCGUGGUUCAUACCUUCCCUUUUCCGACGGCCCACGUUCCUGUGUAGGGAGGAGACUGGCGCAGGUUAAGAUCAUGGCUAUCCUCGCGACUAUUUUUCAAAAGUACUCGAUUGAACUUGCGGCUGAUGAGUGGGCUACUGACGAGGAAGUUGCAGAGAUGACGGAGGAGGAGAGGAGGGUGGUGUAUGGGAAGGCGCAGAAGAAGGCGAAGGAGACGUUGAGGGGGGCGAGUCCGCUUAUUACGCUGAAGAUUCAGGGGCCGGGGUAUGUGCCUGUUAGGCUGGUGAGGAGGGGGGAGGAGAGGUUUGGGGGGUUGUUUGAGUAA